AUGGAUCUCAUUGCGGAUGAUGGACAGUUUGUUACAGUUUGUUUCAACAAUACUAUUGAUAAUUUCUCGGGUUGGCUUACCUUUGUGUAUGCUAGCACGUCCACUUCGGCUCGAUAUGAAUUAUGGAACAAGAUUAAUUGCUUGGUCAAUGUUAUUAAUGAUAAAUGGAUGGUGGGGGGAGACUUCAAUAUGAUUUUGAAUAGUACUGAGAAAUUGGGUGGCCGUAGGGCCGUCCCUUCUUUGAUGAAUAACUUUAGCAAAACUAUGGUGGAUGCAGGUUUAGUUUAUUUGGGAUUAAUUGGUUCCAAAUACACUUGGAAGCAAGGACUUGUUGCUGAUAAUUGGAAUGUUGCUGAUGUUGGAAAUGCUUGGUUCAGACUUUGGAAACUUCACAAAAAAGUGGCAAGUGCCCUUAGAGCUUGGAAUUGGGAGGUGUUUGGUGAUGUUCAUGCUAGGGUGAUUAAGGCUGAGAGAAUGGUUCAACAUCUUCAGGCUAUUGAUGAAUCUUCUAAUGAUGUGGUUUCUCAGUUACAAAAUGCUCAUAAUGAACUCCUUGCUGCAUCCAUUCAGGAGGAAGAGUUAUUGCAACAAAAGGCGGGAGAGGUACAUUUUGUCCAUGGGGAUAGGAAUACGAAAUAUUUUCAUGCUUGCAUAAAACAACGUCGUGCGAAUAAUACUAUUAUUCGCAUUAAAGAUGAAUGUGGUAAUUGGAUUACGGGCAAUCGAGAUCUGGGAGUUAGUGCUGUGCAAUAUUUUCAAAAUUUGUUUCUCCCUUCUCAAAAUACUGGCACCAUUGAUAGUGCUCUCUUUAAUGAUGUACGAGAUUACACUGACAAUUUAGAGCUCUGUGGUAUCAUGACUGCGAAUGAUAUUUUUCAGGUUCUUUCGGAGAUUAAUUGCAAUAAAGCUCCAGGACCUGACGGCUUCACCUCGGAUUUCUAUCUUAAGAGCUGGAAUAUUAUUCAAAACGAUGUGGUGCAAGCUAAUCAGAGUUUUUUUAAGGGUGACACCUAA